UGAAGUUUUAUCCGAUCAUUUGCCCUUUGACGUGCGGAUCAGCGGUGUCAAUCGUGUUCAGUCGGAUGCUGCCUGCAGGUGCUACACAGGGCCAUGACGUCACUCGUGCGUCCUCGUCCCACCAACGGCGCCAAGUCCCGACUUUGACACUUGCGGCUCCAUCUGCUCCAUUCUCUGCUCCAUCGACGCACGCGACCAGCGUCGUGAUGGCGACAGAUACCACUUCCUCAGACAAUGAGUCCCGAAAGAGCCCAUACUCUAUCCGGAGGUCAGGACGCCCGUUCACAAAGUCGUAUCGAAUCUAUUUCGAGCGCACCAAAGACCAUGUCCCCGUGUCUCCCUUCCACGACAUCCCCUUGUACCAUGAUAAAGAUGCGGGCAUCUUGAACAUGGUGGUUGAGAUUCCGCGGUGGACAAAUGCGAAACUUGAGAUUUCGAGAACCGAAAGCCUCAAUCCCAUCAGCCAGGACACACUGCACGGCAACCCUCGGUUCGUCAAGAGCUGCUUCCCAUACAAGGGCUACAUCUGGAAUUAUGGAGCGCUUCCUCAGACAUGGGAAGACCCACACUACAAAAACCCCGACACCCACGCCAAAGGCGACAACGACCCGCUCGAUGCCUGCGAGAUUGGCCGGGCCGUUGCCAAGCCCGGCGACGUGAAGCAGGUCAAGGCCCUCGGCAUCCUCGGCCUGAUCGACAGCGGCGAGACCGACUGGAAGGUCAUUGUCAUUGACGUGCACGAUCCCCUGGCAGAGAAGCUGCACAGCCUUGACGACGUCGACAAGCACCUUCCCGGCUUGCUCGACGCCACAAGGGAUUGGUUCCGGGUUUACAUGGUUCCUGACGGGUAUCCGCCGAAUGAGUACGCCUUUGAUGGGAAGUUUCGGGAUGCAGACUACGCCAAUCGUAUCAUUGAUGAAUGUGAAGCUGCGUGGAAGAAGUUGGUUCGAGGAAAGGCUAAGCACGGGGAUAUCUCAUUAGUCAAUACCACCCUGUCAGGGACCCCCGGGAAGACUGACCCGGAUACCAUCGACUUGCCCCCUGACGAGGAAUUACCACCGGCCCCCAUCGAGCAGGAUCUUGAGGAGUGGUUUUUCGUUGACAGGGACUCGUUGGACACCACCGAGGCCUCGCUGGCGUCAAGCUCUCUUAACAUUGUCUUGAAUACCGUGUAGCACCAUCACAGAGCUCGUGGGGACCUUCGGCCCCCUUCAACUGCCGAAGGCUGCACUGCAGCAAUACAAUUACUGGUUACAUGUCAA